GGGAGAGAGCGAGGGAGAGAGAGCGAGGAUCAGUCAGUGCAGCAGUUUUCAGCAGCAGCAGCAUCAUCAUGGCUCCAAUCGGAUUAAAGGCGGUGGUCGGAGAAAAGAUUAUGAACGAUGUCAUCAAGAAGGUAAAGAAGAAGGGAGAAUGGAAGGCACUGAUCGUGGACCAGCUGAGCAUGAGGAUGUUGUCGUCCUGCUGCAAGAUGACCGACAUCAUGACGGAGGGAAUCACCAUUGUUGAGGACAUCAACAAGCGGCGAGAACCUCUGCCCAGUCUGGAGGCCAUUUACCUGAUCACACCUACAGAGAAGUCCGUCCACACCCUCAUCGGAGACUUCAAAGAUCCUCAUUCAGCGAAAUACAAGGCAGCUCACGUUUUCUUCACUGACUCCUGCCCCGAUCCGCUCUUCAACGAGCUGGUGAAGAGCCGCGCUUCGAAAACCACAAAGACUCUGACGGAGAUCAACAUCGCAUUCCUGCCCUACGAGUCUCAGGUGUACUCUCUGGACAAUCCAGAUGCCUUCCACAGUUUCUACAGUCCUCACAAGACCCAGCUCAAGAACCCAGUGAUGGAGAGGCUGGCUGAGCAGCUGGCCACGCUCUGUGCCACCCUGAAGGAGUACCCUGCCGUCAGAUACCGAGGGGAGUACAAGGACAACGCCACGCUGGCUCAGCUGGUUCAGGACAAACUGGACGCCUACAAAGCUGAUGACCCCACCAUGGGAGAGGGUCCAGAUAAGGCUCGCUCACAGCUGAUCAUCCUGGACAGGGCGUUCGAUCCCGUCUCCCCCGUCCUGCACGAGCUCACCUUCCAAGCCAUGGGCUACGACCUGCUGCCCAUCGAAAACGACGUCUACAAGUAUGAGACCAGCGGAAUCGGAGACUCCCGUGAGAAGGAGGUCCUACUGCACGAGGACGAUGACCUGUGGGUGAGCCUGAGACACAAACACAUAGCUGAGGUGUCCCAGGAGGUGACACGUCAACUGAAGGAAUUUUCCGCUAGCAAGAGGAUGAACACUGGAGAGAAGACUACGAUGAGGGAUUUGUCUCAGAUGCUGAAGAAGAUGCCUCAGUACCAGAAGGAGCUCAGUAAGUACUCCACUCACCUGCAGUUGGCCGAGGACUGUAUGAAACAUUACCAGGGAACAGUGGACAAACUGUGCCGCGUUGAACAGGACUUGGCUAUGGGAACAGACGCCGAGGGAGAGAAGAUCAAAGACCCCAUGAGGGCCAUCGUGCCAAUCCUGCUGGACGCUAACGUCAGCACAUACGACAAGAUCCGCAUCAUCCUGCUCUACAUUUUCCUCAAAAAUGGCAUCACGGAGGAGAAUCUGAACAAGCUGAUCCAACACGCUCAGAUUCCUCCUGAGGACAGUGAGAUCAUCACUAACAUGGCUCACCUGGGCGUCCCCAUCAUCACAGACUCCACCCUCCGCCGAGGAAAGAAGUUGGACAGGAAGGAGCGUGUGAGUGAACAGACCUAUCAGCUGUCCCGCUGGACACCACUGGUCAAGGACAUCAUUGAGGACGCUAUUGAUGAUAAACUGGACACCAAGCACUACCCGUACAUCUCCACACGCUCCUCCGCCUCCUUCAGCACCACUGCAGUCAGCGCUCGGUACGGACACUGGCACAAGAACAAGACACCUGGAGAAUAUCGCACAGGUCCACGUGUCAUGGUCUUCAUCAUCGGAGGCGUGUCCUUCAGUGAGAUGCGCUGCGCCUAUGAGGUCACACAGGCCAAUGGGAAAUGGGAAGCCGUCAUUGGCUCGACCCACAUCUUCACGCCCACGAGCCUGCUGGAGCAGCUGAAGGCCAUGAACAAACCAGACGAGGAGGUGACCAGCUAAAAUCUUCCAGUCGCGGCUUUUUCUCUCUCUCUCUCUCUGUCUUCACCUUCACCCUCCUCCUCCUCCUCGACCGACUCCAUUAAGUGUGUAUGCAUCCUGCUUGAAAAGUAAAGAAAAUAUGAUUAUUAAUAAUAACAAUAAUAAUAAUAAUAAUAUAUAUAUACAUGUUGUAUCAAAGAAUAAAAAGUGUUGCAAGUAUUCUCAUGUUUUACAAUGGAUGCAACUCAACGAAACCUAUGGAAAAAUAACAAAGUGAAGGCCAUUUAAAACUGAAAGUACCAAAUGUAAACGCUGUUACGAAACCUAGCUAGAACGUGUCAAAGGUAGACAUUUGACUCCCGUCCUUUUUCCUUUGGAGUUCCUCCCCUCGCUGUGCGUUUUAUCGGAGGCAGGUGGAGGAGGGACGAGGUUGGUGUUGUAAUAAUAAUAAUAAUAAUAAUAAU